AUGCCGCCCCAUCUACAUCCUCGUUCGCGGUCAACAAUGGGCCUGUUCGCAGGUACACUUCUCGCAUCUCUGCUGGUGGUUGGAUUGCCGCAUGUCUUCCCCUGUCCAUCCCCAAGACGCACCUUCGCCGACUCAGAGAUGAUUCUUUCUGCCGACGGACGACAAAUACCGCGGGUCCGACGAAGACGCAGAAAGGAUGUCGAAGCACCCCAAGAGGGCACAUUCCCUACCCAACCGGCGCCAAUCGGAGUUGUGGAUGACGAGGUCUCAACCUUCUUCCAGAUGGAAAACGAAGCGGAAGAGCUUUCUCACGUCAACCACGAAUGUCCCAUCCCCAAGCCCAAGGGCGUUUUAGGGGAACUGCUCGGCUUUCGUAACGUUCAAGCGAACUCCCACCAGACAACCGGCCUGCACAACAGUGAUCAAUGA